AUGAGAUCCAUUGACGAGACCAGAAAGAGAUGGGAGACUCUAUUCCUCGAUAAUGACUCUCUCUCCGAUCUCCGUGCCGCACUGCGAUCGGAGGGGAGCAGUCUGUGCCACGAUGGGCUGCGGUCGAUCUGCUGGAAGGCAUUCUUGCUUUUCGAGGAUUUCGAUCGCCAACAAUGGCUACGGAAGCUCACUGAGUCGCGCGACGCGUACGCCGCACUCCGCGCCCAUUUUCUAAAGUACAUUGAACAUCCCGAUGAUUUGGAGUCGACGGUCGAUCCGCUGGCGGACGAUGAGGAGUCUCCCUGGCAAACUCUCCGAAACGAUGAAGCGUUGCGCGCCGAGAUCUUGCAGGAUGUAGAUCGGUGCUUGCAGGAGAACUUCUUCUUUCGGGAGCCGGCUACCAAGUCCAAAUUGACUGAUAUCUUGUUCAUCUACUCGAAGCUCAACCCGGACGUGGGCUACCGACAAGGCAUGCAUGAGCUGCUGGCUCCAAUUCUGUGGGCUGUGGAUCGAGAUUCGGUACAGCGAUCGCCAGGAGACUUGAAGAAUUCGACCGAAAGUAAGGAUGAUGAUUUGAUGCUGGGCAUGCUUGAUCCUGCGUUUGUCGAGCAUGAUUCAUUUACCCUGUUUCUCUGCGUCAUGCAGACGGCGCGCAUCUAUUAUGAGCAUAGCAAAACUCGUUCUGCGAAUGGCCAGAUGGAUGUAAUUCCGAUUGUCAACCGGUGCGAUUAUCUCCACAAAGAGGCCCUGAUGAUCAUUGAUCACGAACUGGCCGAGCAUUUGCGGGCGGCCGAUGUUUUGCCUCAGAUCUUCUUGACCCGCUGGAUGCGCCUCCUAUUUGGACGAGAAUUUCCAUUUGAUGAGGUUCUCAUGAUGUGGGACUUACUGUUCGCUCAUGGACUACGGUCAGAUUUGGUGGACUUUACAUGCGUCGCAAUGCUGCUUCGAAUCCGCUGGCAAUUGCUUAAUGCGGACUACUCUACUGCGCUGUCGCUUUUGCUCCGCUAUCCCUCUCCCCAGCCACAUGCACCCCAAACAUUUGUUCAUGAUGCACUUUACUUGGAACAAAAUCCCACUGCAGAACGAGGCAGCUUUCUCAUCGCGAAGUACUCGGGUCGGCCUCUAGAAUCUUCGAAGCGACGCAGCCCGCCUGCAAGAAAGGCAUAUCUUUGGGAAGACUUUCAGCGCCGCAGCGACAGCAGCUCUCCUGCUCAGUCACCUACUCGAAACAGCCCCAAGAGUCUCGAAACUCUCUUCCAGGAUGUCUCUCAGGGAAUCCAACGUCGAACAGAAUCGUGGGGUGUAGCCAAGGCUGUUCGAGGCGCCGUAACCGAGGCCAGGAAGAACAUGCAGACAAUGCAUUAUGAACCAAGCCCGCGACCUGCUGCCAACAAGCCAGUUCCCUCCGUCUUGAUUCCAGAGACCCUGUCGAAAGGCCCAUCAGUGGCAACGCUCGGGUUAGAGACCAAGAUCAAUCGUCUGGAAGAAAGAAACAAGGCCUUGGCGACGACCUUGCGUGAGGCAUUAAAUGACCUUCACACGCAAUUGAGGACAGUUCCCGACUUGGAGCCUGACAAAAACGAUGCCGUGAAGCAAGCUUUGGCUCGGGCUGAGUCCGCCCAGGCGUGUCUCGAAGACGCAUCACUCUCACUCAGUCCUGUCCGUCCUGCCCCCACGACAAGCGACCGGAUAAAUCAACCAGAACCGGAAGCACAGCUCUCCCAAGAACACCAACAUGAGAUCGUGACAGAGAAGGACCAGCAAACUCCCGCCAACGCGGACACUGCCAGAAGAAGCACCGAGAGUGAUACCUCCAAACCGAACAUCACCUCAUCACGGGCUCGGAAACCCGAGAGCCAGGCCGAAGGUGGACGAUCUAUGCCGCGAUCGAAUGUGCGACCUUCUCUGGCCGAUUCCGACUUCUCAUGGAUGCUGGAAGGCAGCCGGAACCUAUCACAUUUCGUCAGCCCGGCGUCGGAGCCGCCGGAGGAGACCCGGCACCCGGAGCAACUUCGCGGAAAACCGAACCCGCUAUUCGGACACGGGGAGGAAAGCCCACGGCCCGAUGCAGAGCACGAUGAACUGGCGCUGCACAGCCUCCGGAGUGUCCGAGGGCCGCUGUAG